AAACUUCCUUUCCCGGCGGGCGCCGCGAAUCCCUCCUCCUGUUCUUUAUCUGCCUCCUUCCACCUCUCACUUUUCAGUCGAGUAGUCUGGCAGCUGAAUGUCGGUGUACCGAUCGGUGUACUGCAGGACUCCCGGGAGCCAUGCCAGAGAUAGUGGAUACGUGCUCCUUGGCCUCUCCGGCUUCGGUCUGCCGGACCAAGCAUCUGCACCUGCGCUGCAGCAUUGACUUUACUCGCCGGGCGCUGACCGGGACCGCCGCGCUCACGGUCCAGUCUCAGGAGGACAAUCUGCGGAGCCUGAUUUUGGAUACAAAGGACCUUACAAUAGAAAAAGUGGUCAUCAAUGGACAAGAAGUCAAAUACACUCUUGGGGAAAGACAAAGUUACAAAGGAUCUCCAAUGGAAAUCUCUCUUCCUAUUGCUCUGAGCAAAAAUCAAGAAGUCGUUAUAGAAAUUUCUUUUGAGACAUCUCCAAAAUCUUCUGCUCUUCAGUGGCUCACACCGGAACAAACUUCUGGGAAGGAACAUCCAUAUCUCUUUAGUCAGUGCCAGGCUAUCCACUGCAGAGCAAUUCUGCCUUGCCAGGACACUCCGUCUGUGAAAUUAACCUACAGUGCAGAGGUGUCUGUCCCUAAAGAACUGGUGGCACUUAUGAGUGCCAUUCGUGAUGGAGAAGCACCUGACCCCGAAGACCCGAGCAGGAAAAUAUACAGAUUCAGCCAAAAAGUCCCAAUUCCCUGCUACUUGAUUGCUUUAGUUGUUGGAGCUUUAGAAAGCAGGCAAAUUGGCCCAAGAACAUUGGUCUGGUCUGAGAAAGAGCAGGUGGAAAAGUCAGCUUACGAAUUUUCUGAGACUGAAUCUAUGCUGAAAAUUGCAGAAGAUCUGGGAGGCCCAUAUGUAUGGGGGCAGUAUGACCUUCUGGUCCUGCCACCAUCCUUCCCUUAUGGUGGCAUGGAAAACCCUUGCCUCACCUUUGUAACUCCUACUCUGCUGGCAGGUGACAAAUCACUCUCCAAUGUUAUUGCACAUGAAAUAUCUCAUAGUUGGACAGGAAAUCUAGUGACCAACAAAACUUGGGAUCAUUUUUGGUUAAAUGAGGGACAUACUGUGUACUUGGAACGUCACAUUUGUGGACGAUUAUUUGGUGAAAAGUUCAGGCAUUUUCAUGCUCUGGGAGGAUGGGGAGAACUACAGAAUUCGAUAAAGACUUUUGGAGAUACCCAUCCUUUUACCAAACUUGUGGUUGAUCUGACGAAUGUGGACCCUGACGUAGCAUAUUCUUCAGUUCCUUAUGAGAAAGGCUUUGCUUUACUCUUUUACCUUGAACAGCUUCUUGGAGGACCAGGCAAGUUGUUGCAUUUUCUGAUUGUUUUUUUUUUAGGGAUUUUAAAGGCUUAUGUUGAGAAGUUUUCCUACAAGAGCAUAACCACUGAUGACUGGAAGGAUUUCCUGUAUUCUCACUUUAAAGAUAAGGUUGAUAUUCUCAAUCAAGUUGAUUGGAAUACCUGGCUGUACUCUCCUGGACUGCCUCCUGUAAAACCCAAUUAUGAUAUGACUCUGACAAAUGCUUGUAUCGCCUUAAGUCAAAAAUGGAUUACUGCCAAAGAAGAUGAUUUAAAUUCCUUCAACUCAGCAGACCUGAAAGAGCUCUCUUCUCAUCAGUUGAAUGAAUUUUUAGCACAGAUGCUUCAGAGAGCACCUCUUCCAUUGGGGCACAUAAAGCGAAUGCAAGAGGUGUACAACUUCAAUGCCAUUAACAAUUCUGAAAUACGAUUCAGAUGGUUACGGCUCUGCAUUCAAUCGAAAUGGGAGGAAGCAAUUCCUUUGGCUUUAAAAAUGGUGACUGAACAAGGAAGAAUGAAGUUUACACGACCCUUAUUCAAGGACCUUGCUGCCUUUGACAAGUCCCGUGAUCAAGCCAUCCAUACCUACCAGGAGCACAGAGCAAGUAUGCACCCUGUGACCGCCAUGCUGGUGGGGAAAGAUUUAAAAGUGGAUUAAGGACCUGCCUAUUGCUGAUUUCAGACAUUUCUCUUUUUGAAAUUGAAUUCAUAAAGAAAUAUAAAACUCAGCUCAUAUUGUAACUAAAAAUGUCUUUUUUACUUUUGGCUCUUUAUUGUUUUGUCAGUGAUUUUCAUAAAUAAAGCUGAGCUACCUUCCCCC